CGCCCAGAGCGUACCUUUCUUCUGGAAUCCCGCCCCUGAAAUCCUUCAGUUGCUAAGUCGGAAACACAGGUAACACAACCGUUUAGAAAUCGCUGCGGUUUGCUCGGUUCAUACUUUAUCCCAGCAUACAAUUCGUGAAACCGGAAGUGCCGCGUUGGGAAUGUCACAUUUGUUGACAAAAACAUUGGGAGAGUACAUGUUUUGAACUGAUGCGUGUGACAAGUGUCUUUUAAAAGAAACUUUGUUGUUAUUCAUUUGAUAACUUGGAUACCAUGUUUCGAAGUUUGGGCAGCUGGUUUGGGCUGGAAACCUCAUCAGAACAUCAGGAGCAGCCUGCGAGAGUUCAAGGAUCGAAUAAAGAAGGUGAUCAGUUGGUUGACGAAGUGCCAGGGCAGAACACAGACGUGUCAGCCAGUCCAAAUGAUGAGUUUGCAGAUGAGCUUAAAGGUUUUGGGAGUUACCUUUUAAAUUUUGCCACAACCGCUACAAAAAAGAUAACCGAGUCUGUCUCAGAGACUGCACACACUUUUAAGAAGUCUGUGGAGGAGGGCAGUAUUGAUGGCAUCCUUGAUAAGACUAUCAUAGGAGAUUUUCAGAAGGAACAGGAGAAGUUUGUGCAAGAAAAGCAUACAAGAAAGACUGAUGCAGCAGUACCUCCAUGGGUUGGGUAUAGCGAAGAAGAAACUAUCCAGCAGCAAAUUCUGGCUUUGUCAGCAGUAAGUAUUGUACAUGAUGUCUGGGUUGUGUCUCUGCUUAUAUCCUAUCCAUUAAAGAGUAUUUGCAGUUAA